UCCUCCUCCUCCCCCCCCCGGCUCGCGGGAUCCACGCAGGGAUUGAGUGAGGAAGAUUCCCAUAGGAGAUCAGCCAGCAUCCCUGGGGGGCACUGUCCUACCGCUAGCUAGGAUCCAACUCCACACAUAUCGGACACCACUUUGCACGGCAAGAUGCAGAGGUGUACCUGUCUCCUGUUUGCCUCCUUGAUCUUCUGCGCUGCCGUCUCAGAGACUUUCGGGCUGGUGUUAUCCGCUAAAGAGAAAAGGGGAUGGACUAUGAAUAGUGCUGGUUAUCUGCUUGGUCCACAUGCAAUUGACAGAGUUUUUAAUGACAAGCCUGGUCUAGCUGGUAAACGUGACAUACAGCUUGAAGGAAAUACAAAAGCAGGUAUUUUUGGAAGACCACUGACUGAUGACAAUGUUAUGCGUACAGUAAUUGAAUUUUUGACAUACUUACACCUUAAAGAAGCUGGGGUUUUCGAUGACAUACCUACAACAGUUUCUUCAGAAGAAACAAAUCAGUCUUGAAAGAGAACAUAUUUAUACUCUGUGUUAUAAAUUCCCAACAUCUAAUCAGAACUUUGAACAAAAUAUGGCAUUGUAUUCACCUUGUACGUUCUUCCUCAUUGUCAAUUUCUUUUUGUCUUUUCUUUCUUUGGUGAUGUUACAUUGGGGGAAAAAAUCACUGAUAACAAAUUACUUUCGAUAAAUGACAUAAUAAAAAAAU